AUGAAGAGAAAAUACGACAGAGUUGCAAUAGGAAUAGACCUUGGCACAACGUACUCUUGUGUUGCAGUAUGGCAGGAUCAACACUAUCGAGUUGAAAUCAUUCACAACGACCAAGGCAACAGAACAACACCUUCUUUUGUUGCUUUCACCGAAAAUCAGAGGUUGAUCGGUGAUAAUGCUAAGAAUCAAGCUGCUUCCAACCCUCAAAACACUGUCUUUGAUGCUAAGAGGUUAAUUGGUAGGAAGUUUAGUGAUCCUGUUGUUCAAGAUGAUAUACUGUUAUGGCCAUUCAAGGUGACUGCGGGUGACAAUGACAGACCCAUGAUUACCGUUAAGUACAAGGAUCAGGAGAAACAACUCCAUGCUGAAGAGGUAUCAUCUAUGGUACUCACAAAGAUGCGAGAAAUUGCUGAGUCGUAUUUAGAAACAACUGUGACGAAUGCAGUUGUUACUGUACCUGCUUAUUUUAAUGAUUCUCAACGAAAAGCCACUAUAGAUGCGGGUGCCAUUGCUGGCCUCAAUGUUAUGAGGGCAAUGAAUGAACCUACUGCCGCAGCUGUUGCAUAUGGCCUUGACAAGAGAACUGAUUAUGAUGGAGAGCGAAAUAUUUUUGUUUUUGAUCUUGGCGGUGGCACUUUUGAUGUGUCUUUACUAACGAUUAAGGGCAACAACUUCCAAGUUAAGGCCACUGCUGGCAACACUCACCUUGGUGGAGAAGACUUUGAUAAUAGAAUGGCGAACUACUUUGUACAAGAGUUCAAGAGAAAGAACAAAGUGGACAUUAGUGGGAAUCCAAAAGCCUUGAGGAGGUUGAGAACUGCUUGUGAGAGGGCAAAAAGAUCACUUUCUUUCCUUGUUGUUGCCACUAUUGAGGUAGAUUCUUUAUUUCAAGGCAUUGACUUUUCUUCAUCGAUCAAUAGGGCCAAGUUUGAGGAGAUGAAUAUGGAUCUUUUUAACGAGUGUAUGACGAUUGUUGGAAGCUGUCUUAUUGAUGCUAAUAUGGACAAGAGCAUGAUAGAUGAUGUUGUCCUUGUCGGCGGGUCUUCGAGGAUUCCCAUAGUACAUCAGCUAUUAAAGGACUUUUUCAAUGGAAAGGACUUGUGCAAGAGCAUUAAUCCUGAUGAGGCUGUUGCUUAUGGGGCAGCUGUUCAGGCUGCAUUGUUGAGUGGAGGCGUUAAGAACGCUCCAAAGUUGGUGCUGCAGGAUGUUACACCUUUGUCUCUUGGCAGGGGAGUGAUAGGAGAUAUAAUGGAUGUGGUGAUUCCUCGGAACACUUGCAUUCCUGUCAAUAAAACAAGACCCUAUGUAACAACUAAAGAUAACCAAAUCUCUGCCAAUAUUAAUGUUUAUGAGGGUGAGAGAGCAAGAGCCAGUGAUAACAAUUUGCUUGGUUGUUUUAAUUUGUUCGGCAUUCCCCCAGCUCCUUGCGGCUCCCCUUCUUCAAAUGUUUGUUUUGCUAUUGAUGAAAAUGGUAUUUUGACAGUUUCUGCUAAGAAUAAUGCUUCUGGCAGUUCAAAUAAGAUUACGAUAACCAAUCACAAAGAAAGAUUGUCGAGUGAGGAUAUUAAAAAGUUAAUUCAAGAAGCUGAGAAAUACCGUAUUGAAGACAAGAAAUUCCUAAGGAAGGCCAAAGCAGUGAAUGUAUUGGAUGACUACAUUUACAAAAUGGGAACUGCUUUAAAGAAAAAUGAUAUUAAUUUGAAACUCUCCUCAGAAGAAAUUGAGAAGAUUGAAUCUACAAUUGCUAAGGCCACGAAUUUGAUUGAUGAGAAUAACCAACAAGUUGAAAUAGAUGUUCUGGAGGAUCAUGUAGAGGGGCUUAAGAGUUGGAUGGAAUACAUUAUAGCUAAGACUAUUUAG